UCUGUUCCGUCCGCUCAUGCGUAGGGUUCGGCACAUCGCACGUGAAAUAAUUAAAUUCUAUUAUAAUUUAACUGUUUAAUACUUAAUAAUAUCAAUGUUUUCAUUUUCUACAGUUAUUGUUCCAUUACAGUGUUGAGUGUUUCACCGUUUUAAAAUAUCACUAUAGUUAAUCGGUUGUUAGUAUUAACAUUUCUUAUCCUCACAAUUGUUUUCUACUCUUGUGUACCUAUUGAAAAUUUAACAGCAGACUGAGCUUGAUGAAUGCUCAUCGGCGAUAUGCUCACAUCAAAGGAUCUUUAUCAUAUACUGCCUAUUUUCAAAGUGCUAGUUCUCACAUUUUUAACAUUAGUUCAUAUUCAAUAUGUUUGCUGUGGAAUGACUGAUCAAAUCGACAAUCAAUUCAAUAAAUAUGCAUUUAUAGAACCAAAAUUAUUUAAUGCAAGGCAUAAAAGAGAAAUUCAAUCAACCAAAAUAAAUCCGAAUGGCCUAGAGCAUGCUCAUGGUAUUACCUUAACAUUUGUCAACAAUCGACAAGAAUAUAUUAUUGAUCUCAGCCUUAACAAAGGACUAAUUCCAAUUAAUUAUUUUGAAAAACAUCAGAAGGAUGGAUCUCAUGUGAUAAAUAGACCAAAAGCUAAUGAACUUGAAUUUUGUAAUUAUAAUGGUAAAAUUCGUGAUUUACCAAAUUCCUGGGCAGCAAUUUCUACGUGUAAUGGCAUAAGAGGAAUGUUUUUUGAUGGGGUUUCAUAUCAUUAUAUUGAAAAUGUUGAACGUGAACCAGGUGAUAAGUACCAUAUUUUGUACAAACAUGAAGAUCUAAAAACUAAUUAUACCUGCGGAUUUCCUAGUGCUCCUGAAUUAACACCUAAUGAAAUCAAACGUAAUAGAAGAAACACGAGGUCCUUGAAGGGACCAUAUAAACAAAAUGAUAAAUCUAGAUUUAUCGAAUUAGUUCUUGUUGUUGACCAAGAAGAGUAUAAAUCGUUUAACAGUGAUUUGUCUAAAGUCCAUCAGCAUACUAAAGAUAUGGCAAAUAUAAUAAAUUCUCUUUAUGUACCAUUAAACAUAUUCAUUACACUUGUUGGAGUGGUUGUAUGGACUGAUUAUAAUGAAAUUACAAUAGCUUCAAAUGGUGACACUACAUUGACUAAUUUCUUAACCUAUCGUCGUGAACAUCUUGUCAAAGAUCAUCCUAAUGAUAAUGCUCAAUUACUAACAAAACUCCAGUUUGAAAAUGGUGUUGUUGGUAAAGCUUUAAAAGGACCUAUAUGUACUUAUGAAUUUAGUGGGGGUGUAAACAGUGACCACAGUGUUGUACAGGGUUUGGUAGCAACAACUAUAGCACAUGAAAUAGGCCACAACUUGGGUAUGGAACAUGAUACAACUGAGUGUGAUUGUCCUAAUGAACGAUGUGUUAUGGCGCCUUCUUCAGGAACACAGAGUCCAACCCAUUGGAGUUCUUGUAGUUUGGAAUAUUUAGCGCUUGCGUUUGAACAUGGAAUGGACUAUUGUUUAAGAAACAAACCUGUUAGAUUAUUUGAAAGCCCAGAGUGUGGUAAUAGUUUUGUAGAAGAAGGAGAACAGUGUGAUUGUGGUUUAAAACAUAUGUGUACCAAUCCUUGUUGCAAUCCAAAUACAUGUAUGUUUUAUGAUAAUGCCACUUGUGCUACAGGGGAAUGUUGUGAUUUAAAUACUUGCCGUUGGAAGUUGGCCGGUGUGGAAUGUAGAUCAGCUCCACAUGAAUGUGAUUUACCUGAGUACUGUACAGGAGAUUCAGAGUAUUGUCCAGAUAAUGUGUUCAAAUUUGACGGAUCUGCUUGUGAAUCAACUGAGGCAUUUUGCUUUAAUGGAAGUUGUCGUACAAAGGAAUAUCAAUGUCGUUUAUUAUGGGGUCCUACUGGGGAAUCAUCAAAUGAACAGUGUUAUAAAAUGAUGAAUAUUAAGGGUUCACCACAAGGUAAUUGUGGUUAUAAUCGCCUGAACCAGACUUAUGUAAAAUGUAACCAGGAAAAUGUACUAUGUGGCAUGUUACAAUGUAAGCAUAAAAAUGAACGUUUAGAAUUUGGUAUGGAGACUGUAUCCACCGUAUCACACACAUUUAUUAGCUCUAAUGGAUUAAUGAUACCUUGUAGAACUGCUAUUGUGGACUUGGGAUUAAAUGAUGUUGAUCCUGGUUUAACACCAGAUGGUGCAAAAUGUGGUGACAAUAAGAUGUGUGUGAACCAAAAAUGUGUGGCAGUGAAAGAUUUUAUAGCCCAAAGUAAAAAUUGUAAAAAUAAUUGCAAUGGAAAUGGAGUUUGCAACAAUCAAGGACAUUGUCACUGUAAAAUUGGUUAUGCGCCACCAUACUGUGAUCAUCCUGGUCCUGGAGGAAGUGAUGAUUCUGGACCAGCAUCCAGUCCAAACACAUUCAAAGGAUUCAUGACUGGAAUGUAUGUUUUAACAUUUGGGGCCAUUCCACUCUUGUUAGCUAUUUUGUUAUUUGCCUAUUGUUCAAAGAAUCAUUCACCGUCUGACUGGAAUAAAACUAAUCGCAAAAAGCUAUCCAAUGAUUCAGAAAUCGGUAACAAACCUAAUGGCACUGUUUCGCCCUCGAGUACAUUAUUGAUAGACAAUCAAAAACCACUUUCACUUCGUGCAGAACUAGUAGGUAACUACAAAGGAUUUAGCAUUAAACCGUUGGCGCCAAACGAACAGCCGGUCGUCUCCCGGACUCCAAGCAGACCGGCGCCUUCUGCGCCUGCCGCUGUUACCGCGGCGUUGAACGAAAGAGGCGGUAGGCUGCAGAUAAGUCAACCGGUGUUGGACGCGACAACGUCGUCUACCGUACACAAGUUGGUGUCUAUACCAUCGAAGCCGGCGCCGCCUGUACCAACUGCCGCUAGACCGGCGUCGUUGAUGGCGGCGGACAACAAAAAUAGUAGUGCCGGAGGCGGAGGGUAUCCGACACUGCGCAGGAUUACGUCGUUUAUGAAAAACCAAAAGGCCGACGAUAAAAAAAACACGAUCCCCCGCGCCAACGCCAAAUUCGACAAGGAAGAGCUGAAAAAACUGGAAAUAUCGCACCCAAUCCUCCAGAAGGAGAUAAACGUACCGUCGGAACCAUUGCCACUGGAGGCGGAUCAACACAAAGCCGUCGUGCUCAGGGCUCAGAGUUUGCGCAUUGCCAACAACACCAAUCAAAGGCCACGCGUACCGAACUUCGGGUCAAUGAAGUACAAGCGGCCCACCAGCGUUGCAGCCCCGACGACGGCGGCGUCGGCAGCAGCGACUGUCACCUGUUCGAGGCCCACUUCGCCGCCACCGCCGCGUCCACCGGCUUCGCAACCGGUCCAGGUCCAUGCCGACUACCAGAUACCUAGACCGUUGGCGACUGACUGCAGAAACGACGUUUUACGGGCCGCAAACGUCAGUUGUGACGAGCCACACUUGGAGAAUAUCUAUUCGGUGAUCGACGAGCGGAUCACGGUAGACGAUGACGACUCGUGCGCAUACAAAGUGCCCAAGUCGUUGGAGAGUUCGUUGCUGGGCGAAAUCGUGUCGGCGAUACAAGAACGAAAUCACGAGUCCAUUUACACCAGUAAACCAGCCGUCGAUCUGCCUCCACCGCAACAGCAGACUUACGAAAACUAUAUGUCAUCGCCGGCCGGUUCGACCACCAGUUCUGGGUACAUGCGCCCCGUGGACGUCAAGUCGCGGGCGGCCUCGUAUGAUCAGCCGGACUUGGUCAAAAACUGUGAUGAAAACCGAUCGUUAAACCCUUCGCCAGACGUGCUAGAAGCCAAAAAGCUACCUACAGCCGACAAACCGACCGUACUGUUUCCAAAACCGGUUGUCGGUGUAGCCAGCAAGUCGGCGUUAACAGCUACGGUGGGUCUGAAAAAAAAACUCUCGGACAGUAGCCGAUACCCAUCGAAAGGCGUGGCCGAUAUUCAAAAGAGAUUUGAAAGCCACGGGAGUGUACUGAAAAAGAAUCCUCCCGUGUCGACCAAACCGACUAUUUCAGGGAACAGGUAAUGGCGGUUGACAUAAACAGUAUAAGGAUGUUUUAUUAUUAUUUAUUUAUUUUUGGGGGGGUGGACGAAAGACUGCUGUCAUGACACCCGCUUUUUAUAUACAAUUUUUUACAUACACAAUGGUGCUUAUAUUUAUCAUUUUUAUUUAGGAGUUAAUUAUUACUUGUAUGUAAUUAUUUUGGUGUACAUACAGUAUUGUUUUAUUAUGUUUGAA